CCAAGGCUACGUUCCUGAACUGAAAGUGCUGCCAGAAAAUUAGUCAACAAAAGAAUCUCAAUCAUUUCAGUGCCUGAAAGUUAUUGCAUAAAGUGUAAUAGGUUAAAUUAAUUAUAAUAUUUUCUGAACAAACAAUAGAUAUUGUGGAACAAAUUUGUGCAAGUGACUGGUGCUACAAGAAAAUUUGAAACUAAAUUUCAAAACACAGCAGUAAUCAUACUUUGUUGUCAAUUGAUAUUGGGACGUAGGCGUUUAAUUUGGCUAAAUGAACCGUUAAAUUGUCUAAUCUUAUCCAUCGUGCUUGUUUUUGACGUGUGCUUGAGUGAACAAUUCAAAUUAUGGUGUUCAAUGCUUGUUGAGUGUUUAUUCUUUCAAAUUUCAAUUUUAUUGUUUUCAUAAAAUGCAAGUUUCAUCAAGUAAUAUUACUAUGCUAGUUCGCAACAGGUGACAAGUGAUAAUGAACGUUUAUACUUAUAAAUCUUGAUAAAUUAUUUAGUGUUAAUAUAUUUAAGAAAUUUGUAAAAUGAGUGCUGAAUCCUACACCUCAUCUCAGGCGAACGACUAUCGCAAAAGAAUUGAACAAUUGUCCAAAUCUUUGGAGAAUAGAAUCAAGUCAAAACAAAAUAAAAGUAAGUUGUAUUUCACAGAAGAAGAUGACGAGAUUUUGGACUCGAAUGCCAUGGAACUUUCCAGCGAAACAGGAACGUGGUUGUAUGUUUCGGAGCGAAGCAAUUCAGGAGAGCAAACCAGACUUGACAAUCAUACUUUGGAAUCAAUGUCUGCUCUGAUGUCAGAUGAUGUGUCGAGUGUCAUCAAUCAGAGCAGGCGGACCUAUGACAGUAGGACUUACACUCGACCCAAAAAGUCACGAGUGCAGCCUCCUCUGUCUCCCUUCAUCACAUUGCAGGAGUCGUCGACUUUUCGCCCGGACUGUACCGCUAGAUCGUCGCCCUACAUGCAUCCUUUUGGCGGACCCCAUUUGGCCCACCUCAGCUAUUCCACAGCUGACGAAAGCGCCAUGGAAUCUAGUCUGGGAAUUAUUGAUAUCAACAAUCUAACAGAAUCUCAGCAGCUUGACUACGAAAAAGCAUCAAUGGAACGUCGUCAAUCAUCCUCCUCAACUCCGCCUCAAUCACUAGAACCUCUGAAUGUGACCUACGAAAAAAACAAUUCUACUCUCUGUAUCGCUUCUGACGGCCCACUAAACUCCACCUUCACUCUAGACGAAGGUCCCGAACUCUCACCCCCCACCCGUCAAAACUCAAAAUUCGCCAAAAAUUGUCUCCCAGACCCUCCCAUCACUUACAACCCUAAACUUUCUAGAUUUUCGGAUUUUGGUUUUAGCUCGAAAUUAUCAAGGAAUCAAGUGACAAAUUUUGAACAAAACACAACUGUUGACAAAAAUCAACUGCCCGACCCUUCAGGUACACCGCAGAAUUCAAAAUUUAUCCCCGAGCCUUCAACUGUGACUCAAAACUUGAAAUUCGGUCAGGAUGAAGUGUCAGUUAACUCAAAAUUCACUAGGGGUCAGUCACCUGAACCUUCAGCUCUUGGUUACAGUUCAAAAUUUGGUCGGAACCAUUCCCCAGAGCCUUCCCCUUUCUGUCAAAACUCAAAAUUCCUCAAAAAACCGCUCUCCGAGUCUACACCGCUUGUUAAAAAUUCCCGGUUUACCGCGAAUAAUCAUCAUAAUCAUGAAGGUGAUGACUUGGAUGAAGUAGUAAAGGGGAUGAAUGGAGACAUGUUCUCAAAUUCUCUCAAGGAUAAAAAUGAUGAUAUCAUGAACAUCAGUUUCCCCAGUAUGAUGCAAUCUUCAACUUCACUACUGGGUGAUUCAGAAACCACGUUUGAUGCUAACCCCAAUACGACAGUUGAUAAGAAACGGUCAAGUUUUGGAGCGGGCAGGUUGAGAAACACUGGUCAAACCUCAUUGGAUGAGGAUGUUAGCCCUAAUCUAACAGUUGAUAAAACGCCGGUUGAGCAGAGGAGAUUGUCCGAGGUUAACCCGAGUUUAACAACUGAGAAAAGGAGGAUAAGUUUAGGUAGAAGUGAACCCGAGGUUGAUCCUGAUAGAACUAUUGAGAGCAGAAGAAAUUUUGAGGUUAAUCCUAAUGUGACAGUUGAGAAAGGAAGGUUGUCAGAGGUUAACCCGAAUCUUACAAUUGAGAAAGGGAGGACAAGUUUAGAACAUGGGAGGUAUUCUACUACUUCAGAAGAGUCGAAUGUUGAGGUUAAUCCUAACGCCACUUACGAUAGGAGGAGGUCUUCAAAUCUAGCUGAUUCAACUACUUCGGAAGAAGCUAAUUUUCAGGUUAAUCCUAAUGGAACCUUCGAUAGGAGAAGGUCGUCAAAUUUAGGAAAAAUAGGUAAUGGUACUAGUGAUCCGAAUUUGGAUAAUUUUGAGGUUGAUCCCAAUAGAACAAUUGAGAGAAGUAGAAGUAUUGAGGUGGAGUCAAAUGGAAGAAUCGAAAAUCCUAAUACAAGUGAAAAAGUGAAUAAUUCUGAGGUGAAUCCCUAUCUAACCAUUGAUAAACGGAAAUCUACAAUAGGAGCACAAAUGAAAUCAUCCAGCACUGAAAAUGUUAUCGUGAAUAAUUUGAAUGCCAAAUACCAGGAAUGUUUGAAACAUUCUGAACGAAUCCAAGCGUUAAGGGACCGUUUAGAAGAGGGUCCCCAUGGGGCGCCACCCUCCCAAAACCUGAGUCAAAUCACCCCUCCCCAUAACGAGGAUUUCCUGGGGGAGCCGGUCUCAUUUUCAACCCCUUCCCGAGGGGUACAACUUCAGAAAUCCAAAAUCUUCACCAACGGUUGUUCAGAAGAUUCCUGCGAAGAGAUCAGUCCGGUUUCAGUGGAAGAUUCCCCCUCCCCGCGUGCCAGCUCGGUGCCCCCCCUUGACGGCACGUUUUGCAAAUCUAGGGGGGAAGACAGUUUUACGAAAAAGGGCCCAAAAAGGGGGGAAGGUGGUGCAAGCCCGCUGAAUUCGACGUUUCGGAAACAGGCGCUGAGUAGUACGUUUUGUAAGUCGGCUGAGACUUUGAAUAAUGGGGUAGGAGGUGGAGGAGGGAGUGUGGAGAGUGGACCAGAGGAGGAUGGAAUGAGUACAGCCUCGGAUAGCAGUUUCUCUUCGUCUAGCACGCAUAUGCGCAGUGUUGGCGAGAUACAGAGUAUAGCAAGGUUACAGGAAGAGAGUCUUAGUCUACAAAACAAUCCAGCAUUGAGAAAAAUAGCUUGGGGUGGCAGUGACUCUGGAGACGGUGAUUUGACGAAAGGAAAUCAGACGGUUUUCCGUAAGCAAACAAUGUCGGACGAUGGAAACCACUCUGAUCAUUCCGAGAGAUGCAGUCCUUCGUCAGAAAGAUCCAGUCCGACUGCUUUGAAUAAUAAUCUCCGUAAUGUGUCUCGUCUUCAGCUGAAGCCAUUAUCGAGCUAUAGAACAGGAGGUCUAAGUAUGCAGCAUGCUAGAUCUGUAGAACAGCUACCUUCUGGGAUGUCACUGGCUCGUACCAAGCAAUCCACCUUCGGCCUGAAACGACCCACAGUGGUGAGCAGACAAUCGCUGCACAACACGACAACAUCUUUCCUGCCACAACAACAGCAGCAACAACAACAUGCUCCGUCAGGUAUGGCGCCCCCCUUGUCGCGACUGCAAGCGCCUAGUGCGACUGCGCCGACCAAGCCGAGUGGCAUCCGCCCUCCCACCGCUAUUCCGCGUCCUGUGUCCAGGCUACCUGCGCCCAAAAUCAAGACUGGUCUACCAAGGUACAACGGUAAAUCGAGUGGACAAUCGUGAUGACAAUUUUUUUGGAAAAAAAUUCAUUCAACUUUUUCUUUCCUUUGCAAAAGGGAAGAAAUUCCAAAGUGCCUUCUAUUCAACUCAAAGUUGACUUCUCAACCAGAUUUGUGGUUUACUAUGAUAAAAUAUUGUGCUAAAGCCCUAUUAUAAUGUGUAGAUUAGUAGGAUUAUUUCAUAAUGAAGUGGUGAGAGUAGACUGGUCUGAAUGUAGAAUUUUUAGAUUUUUACUUGAAGAAAGCAGAAUAAAUUAUAGGACUUGUACUGUUUGUUGAUAAUGAUGCCUUGUGAUUGUAAUAUUUUUUGAAAAUUGUUUGCUUGUUUGUUUUUAACAAUUUU